AGUUCUGGUCCUUCUAUUGUUGCUUCUGGUGAUUAAUACGCUCAAGCUUGUUGGGAAGAGUAUUCUUCGUUUCGAUGAUGCUUUUGAGUUUGUCCUCUCUUUCGGUUUCAUCGUCUGUUUAUUAUUAGGAAGCUAGAAUUUACGCAGCCGACGCAACAUAGUUGGAUUGGAUGAAGGCUUGAUAUGUUGUGCUGUUCUUAUCUAAAAACUGAAUUGAUCGGUGUAAAAAAUUGAAUGGAAUAUUCUUCUUGUUCUGUGUUUGCGUGUAUUUAUGUACAUACAUGUGGAGUAAUUUUUUCUUUGUAAUCUAUGCAUAGAGCUCCAUACACACAAGCAACCACCGACCCAAGCUUGGUUGUUUUCUCAUGUUUUAUGGUUUGUACUUCUCGGAAUACCUACCUGUGUUUUUUCGUGGUUCCCCCCAAAGAGUGUUAUGUUUUUUGUUUCAUCUUUUGAUGGCGAAGUGGUAAUUCAUGCUAGAACUAAAAAAUGUUUUAGAUGUUUAUUUCCUCUUGAGUUUUAAGGAACACAAAUAGGAUAACUGUUUGCAUUUUCACUGGCUGAAUCUUCAAUUAAGAAUUUGAUUAAACAAAAUCUUCAAAAAGUAUUGGAUGCUUGUAAACACUUUGGUUAUAGACUUGACGCUGAUAUGACACUCUUUUGAACAUGCAGACCACCUGUAUAUAUGAGCAUGGUUGGCAUACUGGUACUUGAUAUGGUUUGAGUUAUUGAUUAUAUGGAAGCCAUUUCUUCUCCAUGGCACCUUUUUUCAUUGACAGAGGAGAGAAUUUUAUAUUAUUCAACUGACCAUCCAUUGGUUUUGGAGAUAAGAGAUAUAGAGUAUAUCCACAUAGAUGGAUGACUGUACUCGUAAAAAAGCUGUUGGGGGGCUUGUUAACACGAGGAAGGGAUCUGAUCUUGUUUUGAGAGAUACAGCUGAAAGUAAGGAUGGAAACGCUCAAUUCUGCAACAGGCUUGGGUGCAAUGGGAGACUUAACCAUACCAGAAUUGCCCAAAAUGGAUGUUCUAUAAAGUUAAAAUCGUCAAUCUCUUCUUUACAUGCUUCAAGUGGCAAGGAGAUAAUUGGAAGUUCUAGUAGGACUUCUUCCACUGUAGCCAAGACAAAAAAAUAUUUUCAGGAAUCCCAGAAAAAGCAGUCUUCUCAAUCAGAAGCAGUUCAAUCUGAAACUAGUAGUGUUCAGGAUGAGCAAGAAGUGUACUUACCUGGAAACGCUUGCAUUGGGCUUCAGUCUGCAUUGAAUGAUGUGGAGCCCCACAAAGUUACAUUGAUGGAAGCAGGGAGCUCUAGUAUGGCAUCAAAUGGCAGACCCCAGAAGGUAUUUUGGCAGAAAUCUAGUGGGGUGGGUACCCGAGAUGCUCCAUCAACCUCCUCUGCCUCCUUGGCAACUAAAAGCAUCAGCCAGGGGGCAAGAAAUAGUUGUAGCGUGAGCAGGUAUGGAUUAAGAAAUCUCAGAUGCAACUCAGCAUCUGAUGUCAUCCCCUCUGGUGGUUCAUCAUCUCAACCAAACCUUAGUAGAAGAAAGGAUAUAUUAAAAAAGAGAGAUCCUAAAGUAGAAGGGAGUUCCUCUGUUCAAGGUAAAAAAAUUAGAAAUCCUGUAGUAGAAAGCAGUACCUCUGUUCGAGGAAAGAAGUUGAAUGGACCUUUGUCAGGAGAUGGCCGUAGUUCCAUUUCUGGCCAUGGCAUCUCUAUAUCUGAUACUAGACAAUCUAGAAAUUGGUCUCCCAGCAGGAAUAAUGGUGUUGGGUCAGUUCGGACUCAGAGGUUAGUUAAUGGUAACACUAGAACAAGGCUCUCUAACCAAGGAAAUGGUAACCAUAUGUUGCCAACAGGGCUUCCCCCACAAGUGCCACUGCCAGAAUCACCCUGUGCUGCUGACGUUCCUAGUUCAUCAAAUCAGUUUCUAGCUGAAGCUUCUUCUAGUCAUUCAUCCUCUUGUAGCCAUACUGGCAGUAGUAGUGGAAGUUUACCUGGCAUUAUGCAAAGUGGUCCCAUAGAAUUUGGGAUUCCCCCUUUUUUAAUGAAUCGUGAUGGCUUGCAGCAAUAUAACAUGUAUGGCAUUGCAGAGGUGCUAUUGGCGCUUGAAAGGAUUGAACAAGAUGAGGAGCUGACCUAUGAGCAAUUUCUUGCUCUUGAGACAAAUUUAUUCCUUGGUGGCCUUGGCAUCUAUGAUCAGCAUAGAGACAUGAGACUCGACAUUGAUAACAUGUCAUAUGAGGAAUUAUUGGCUCUAGAAGAGAAGAUGGGUACGGUGAGCACGGCAUUAUCAGAAGAAGCUCUGUCGAAAUGUCUUCAAAGGAGCAUCUAUCAGCCUGCAAUUCUUAAAGAAGGAACCAGGGGAUGCGGUGGUGUUGAAAAUGAUGUGAAAUGCAGUAUUUGUCAGGAAGACUACAUAAUUGGAGAUGAGAUUGGAAGGUUGGAAUGUGAACAUGGGUACCAUGUGGGAUGCAUACAACAUUGGCUGCGGCAGAAAAACUGGUGCCCUAUCUGCAAGUCUUCAGCAGUGGGUGGAACUGGAUACUAACCUCUCCACCUUCUUCCUAGUCGUAGUCUUUGGAUCCAGCAACAGCAAAAUUAUUCACAAUUUCAUUCAUGUACAAAAACACAAGUCUCUUUUCCGUUUGACAAUUUCAUUUCAUUUUGGUUUUGAUUUGUGUACAUAGAAAUCCCCUUUCAUCCAAAGUUAAACAAUAAGCCCAGGCGAAGCCGGCCCUUUUGUGGCCUAUAGGAACUUCCAAUUGAAAUUGCAAUGCUCUGCUCUUUCAGAACACACAAGACUCUGUUUAGUAUUUA